AUGAAGAUAAUUUAUCGCCUUAUCUCUUACUGCUAUUUAUGGUUACCUAAAAAAUUAUAGAAGACUCUUUAGAAAACAUUGUUUUAACAACAAGAAAAUGAAUAGAUUUUUAAAGUAUUCUAAAUAAUUUAAAGUAGAUUGAAUUUUCGAAUGGUGAAGUCUAAAAGCUUGUAAAUUUUGAGAUAUAGAAUAAUUAAAUAAAUCUUAUUAGCGUAAAGAUAUUUUGUAUUUCUUUUAGGUUAAUCUUAUUAUAAUGAAAUUAGUUGAUAAAAUUCUGAGAACAGAAAAUCUAAUUAUUUUGAUUAUUUUGAUUAUAGCACUAUCAGGAAAUACAUAUGUAUAAGAUUCAACAGGACAAAUCAUAGUUUUAUUCACAUUAAUUUGUUAUUUAUUAGAUAAAUUGCAAUAUUUAAUUAAUCUUUUGAUAAUCAGUUAUUAAAGAUGGAAAUAACAAUCUAGUAUUAACAACAAUAAAUGCCGCAUUUUUUAAAAAUUUCCUAAUAUUUCAGAUGAAGAAAUCUAAAAGAUGGAAGAUAAUAAUUAAGAUUAUAUUGAGUAUAUUAUGUUAACUAAAUAGAUUUAAGUCUUAUCUCACAAUAAAUUGGUCUUAAUUAUAAGUUGGAUAAAUAGUAUGUUUAAAACAUGGAAAAUAAAGUCCAGCUGAUCUUUUAAUUCUUGAUUCAAGUUAGGAAUAAGUGCUUUCUGAUUUUGAAUUACGUGUUCCAUGUCCAUGUACAUUUGUGAAUGUAAAUCAUAAUUCUAAAGGUAAUAUUAUGGAUUUCAUUACAAAAUUAAAUGGUUCAAUCUCUUUUACUGUAUAAGAAAAUAUUACUGGAAGUAUAAAGUUGAAAAAUGAUCCUAAAGCAACUUCUUUUAAUAAAAAGAAUAUGAUAAUGAGAGGAGAAAUAAUGGAUAGAGCAGAUUGGAUUUUUGGAAUGGCUAUAAGAGUUGGUGAUGAUUGCCGUUAUGUAUAAACAAAUCUUAAUAAGUAAAGUUUUUAAUCAUAAAGUUGGUUAAGAGAUUUUCACACUUAAAUAGUAUGUUUAAGUGGUGUAUUAUUUUCUAUAUGUUUUAUUCCUAAUAUAAUAUACUCAUCUCUAACUUAAACUGAUUAUUUUUUUGAUAGUUUAAUCUAUUGCUUAUUAAUAUUACCAUAAGCUUUAUUAUUAGUAGAAAAAAUAUGGUAUUUUUGUAUAUUAUUGUAUAACAACUAAUUAUUUGAAAAACAUUAAAUUUAAUAAUCAUUAAAAGAUUAAAAAUAAACAGAUUUAAAAAUUAAAACUGAAUAUAAUCACGUAACAAUUACAUCUUAAAAUGAAAGAAAGAUUUUAAUGCCAAUAAAAAAGAAAUUUAGUUUAAGUUUAAUACCAGCUUCAAAUACAUUAAAAUUAAUAAAACAUAAUAGUAAUAAAUAAAAUAUAAGUGGUUUUCUGGCUUUAGCACCUUAAAAUAUUCUAGAUUUAAUUUAAACAGACAUUAUAGUAUUUGAAAAUCCUUAACAUUUAUUUAAAGAAACACAUAAAGUUGUAUAAUUAGUAUAGAAUUUUAAAAAUUAUUAAUUUAAUUAUGAUAAAUUAAAAGAUCUUGUUACUAAAGCAUCACCAUAAUAAAAAACUAAUUGUGAUAAAAUGUUAAUAGAUACUAAUAGAUAAUAAACAUAAGAUGAAAUGAAAACUUUAGAUAUUGAAAUGCUUAUAUCAGAAAAAAGAGUACCUGAUUUAAGAACUUCAUAAGAUUCAUUUGCUUCUACAAAAUAAAUAAAAAAAAUAUAAUUUAUGAGAAAAGAUACUCUAUCUGAUUUUAAAUAAUAAGAACCAAAAUUAUCUAAUGGAAUUGGAAAAAAAAAGAGUUCUAGAUUUAUUUUUGAUUAAUCAUUUGCUGCAAAACCUAAUAAUUAAUCUAAUUCACAUGAUAGUAGUAAAGAUAUAUCUAAUAAUAAUGGUUCAUCAUCAUUUCAUUCUCCACCUAUUUUAAAAUAAAAAAGUUAAUUCAUACGUUCAUAAACUUUAUUUAAACAUAAUUCAUCUUCAUUUUAAAAUUCCUAAUCAAAAUUAACUGAAAUUAAUUAAGAUAGAUUAGUUGGUGAUAUAUUAAAUGAACAAGAUUUUAUAGAUGUAUUAUAUAAUAAAGAUGAUACUAUUCAUAAUGAAAUUUUAAUUAUGAUGUUAAUUACAAAUAGUGUAAUGACACUUUAUAAUGAAAAAUUAUAAAAAUUAGAAUUUAAUUUUGAAAAUAAAUAUGAUUAAUCUAUACUAUAAUUUACAGAAUUAUUUGAUUAUUGUUUAGUUUGUGCAACUGAAAUUGAAAAUUCAAGACCAGAAUUCAAUAUGAAAACAAUUAUUAAAAAAGUAAUUACAAUUUCUAAUAUAUCUAAAAUAUUUGAUGUUUUGACUUUUUUAGAACCUACUGAAAAUAGAAAAAAUGUAUUAUCUGUAUUAGUUAGAGAUCCAGAAUCUUUUUUAUUAGAUGAAGGAGCUUUACUCUAUUCACGUAUUGAAACUAGUAAUUUUAAUUAAUAGGAAAAUAAAUACAAUGAAUAUUUAUCUGAAAUGACAUGGGAUGGAUAAAAAACAUUCUUAUAUACAAAAAAAUAAUUAGAUUAAAUAUAAACUGAUGAAUUCUUAAAGAAACUUUCAGCUAUUUAUGAAACUUAUGGUAAUCGAUCUCAUGAAAUUGAAAAAUUAUUUAUUGAAUUAGAAUAAUAAAGUGAACCUAUAUUUUCUAUUGGUAUUAAAUCACACAAUACAAAUUGUUUAGUACUUUCUUCUUAAGAAUUAAAUUAUGAUAUUUUAGAUUAAGAUAAAAUAUUUUAACAUUUAUAUAACUUUAAUUUAAAAACUUGUUUUGUUAUAUAAUAUGGUUAUGAUGAACUACUAAUAUUUUUAAGAAGCUUUUAAAUUAUACGUUCUAAAGAAUAAAUUGUAGAAUUUAAAGAAAAAGAUAAAUAACAAUUAUAAUUCAAAGUCAAAUAACAUAUAUAAGCAUUAUUAGAAAAUUAAAAUGCUAAUUAAAAUGAUGAAAAAUUUAUUAUUGUUAGUUCUGAAGCAUUUAAUACAAUUUUAAAUGAUGAUUAUUUAAAAUAUCAUUUUAUAUUUAUUGUUUAAUUUUCAUAUGGAUUAGGAGCUUAUCAAUUUAAUAGUAGUUAGAAAGGAAAACUAAUCAAAUUAUUAAAAAUGGCAGAUAAAAAAAUACUUACUGUAGGAAAUUCUUUAGAUAAUGCAUAUAUGUUUUCAAAAUCAGAUGUUUCAGUUAGUUUAAUGAGAAAUUAAUCAUUAAUAUCUACUUUAAAUCCAAAAUUUGUUACUUUUAAUAUGAAAUAACUUUUUAGAAUGUUAUUCAUAUAUUGUCCUAAUUAGAUGUUAAAUUAUUUAGCUAUUAUAGAAGUUUAAUUAUAUAGAUGUACAUUAAUAGGUUUAUUAAUAUUUGCUGGUCAUUUUGGAUUAAGCGAUAUUAAUAUGUUUUAUUUAUUAUUAUUUUAUUUAAUACCAAGUAAUCUAUUAUCGAGUAUUUAAUAUUAUUAUUUAUUUGUAUUACAUACUAAAUAGUAAUUGAAGAAUGCAAAUAAUUAUGCUAGAUUAUUAUCAAAUCUAAAAAAUAAAAUAUUAUUUAAAUCAGCUUUAAAAGUCAUUCUAAUAGCUAUUAUUGAUUUUUGUAUAUUGAUAUUAAUCCAAAAUUCUAUUUUAAACUUUGUAUCUUUAAAUGGUAAAGUGGAUUAAACUUAAUAAAUAAUCUUGCUUUAUAUAGCUUUGGAGAUUUUGGAGAAAUCUAAAAUAAUAUUUUAUAUAUUUUCUCUUUCAACUUAGAUUUAACAUAAAAUAAUACAAAUAUGUUCAAGUAUUGUAAUGAUAUCAAUACUUAUAAUUAUAUUUAAUUUCAUAUAAACAAGUGUAGAUGAUUAAAUGAUUAUUGAAGAAUUUGAUUUAGAAAAUUUUAUAGCUUUUAUUUUUAUUGCAGUAUUUGUACUUGGUUUAUCAUAUAUUAUUUAUGAAACCUUAUAAAUUUUCUCAAUUUAAUUUGUACUUCCAUCUGACUUAUAUUCAUAUGAUUAGAAUUAUCAAGAAAUAAAACAAUUGAAAAAUAAUAUAUCUUCUUAGAAUUCCCUUAGUGAAUUUGAGGAUGAAAAAUUAAGAAUUUUUAAUUAAAAAUUAAAAUAAUUAACUGAUUAAUUAUUUGAUAAUAAAGAUAUAAUUGAAGAAUGCAUUAUAAAAUAAAUUAAAGGAGAUUAAUCUCUAAUAGAUGAAAUGGAUAAACUACAUGGAUUUUAAGAUAAAAAAACAGAAUCAUCUUUUUAAGAUUUUUUUAGGGAACAAAAUAAUCAUAGAUAUAAUAUUGUUUAUGCAUUUAUCUUUUAUGAUAUAUGCAUAAUUAUUAUGCAUUUUUAUGAAAUAUUUACAGCAGAUAUAUUUUAAUUUUCAAUACUUAUAACUGCAAUAAUAUAAUUUGUCAUUUAAAUAUUUAUAGCCUUUUUAUAAUUCAGAGUUAUAAAUGAUAAAAAGACUAAACAAAAUUUAUAAAUACUCUCUUAUAUUUUAAGAUUCAUUUUUUAAAUUAUAAUUGAUAUUCUUUAUUUUGAAAGUGAAUAAACAUUUGUAGGAUUUUUAUUUAAUUUUUAAUUUAUAUUAGUAUUUGCAAUGACUACUCAACCUAAAAUUGUUUUAUUAUUAUAUGUAACACUUUAAUUAAUUAAUUAUGUGAUUAAUGUACUUUCUGAUGCUUUUACAAUGAACUUUUCAGAUAAUAAUAUUCUGAUAUUUUGUAUUGCUAAAUAUAGUUUACUCUUACUUGAAUUAUCUUAUCCAAUCUUUUAAAUAGUAUAAAAAACUCACUUUUUAUAAAGAUCCUUUUAUAUUUAUUAAAAUAGAUUAAAUAAUGAGAAAAAAAAAAUUAACAAUAUUCUAGGAUUAUUAAUGCCAAGAUUUAUAUAAGAGAGAAUGAAUAAGGGAUAGAUUUAAAUAUCUUAAGAUUAAGGAGAUGUAACUGUACUUUUUUGUGAUAUCUAUUAAUUUGAUAAGGUUAUUAAAUUUUAAUAAGAGAAUAUCUUAGAUUUUUUGGAUACUCUUUAUAGAGCAUUUGAUUAAUUAUGUUAAACAUAUGAUUUAUAAAAGAUUGAAACAGUAGGUAAAACUUAUAUGGCAGCUGGUGGUUUAAAAGAUUAUGAUGCAGUUAUAAGUAUAAAUAUAUAUAUAAAUAUUAAUUAGAUUAAAAAAAUGCUAAUAGUACAACAAGAGCUUUAGAAACAGCUAUAGCAAUGAUGGAAACAGUUAAAACAAUGAAAUAUGGAGACAAUUAAGAUGUCAAACUUAAAAUAGGAAUUCAUUAUGGAAGAGUAAUAGCUGGUGUUAUAGGACUUCAUAAACCAUAAUUUUCAUUGAUUGGAGAUACUGUUAAUACUACUAGUAGAGUAUGUAGUACUAGUGAUGCUGGUUUUAUAACCUUAAGUGAAUCAGCAUAUAAUCAUAUUAAAGAUACUACUAAAUAUUAAUUUGAAUAAAAAUCAGUGGCUGCUAAAGGGAAAGGUACUCUUGAAACAUUUAGAUUGAAAAUAUUUUCUAAAGAAAAAGAAUCAAGUAAAAAUGUUACUCCAAAAGCUUGUUUUGAUAAAAUUGAUAAAAAUAAUGAUUUUGAUUGUAAAGUAUAAAUAAAGCCUUUGAAAACAUCAGAUAAUUCUAAAACACCACUUAAAGGAGCAAUGAAAAGAGGAUCUAUGAUGAAUUAAGUAGGAAUUAAUAGUGAUACAAAAUCCACAUAAGUUUUAUUUAAAUAGAUUUAAAAGGAUAUUAAAAAUAAAUAAUAACCUUUAGUAAUUAUUAAGAAAAAGUCAUCUAUUGAACAUGAUUGUAAGGAUUUAGAUUUAAAAAGAUUGAAUUCUUAAAAAUCAAAAUCAGGAUCAAAUUUAGAUGUAAAAAAUAAUAUAUAUAUAUAUUAUAGAAUGAUAAUUAAUCUUAAGUUCAUCAAAAGGCAAAAACCCCAGCUCUAAUAAGUACUAUGAGAAAUAGUAUAACAACUCAUAGAAGAUUAGUAAGACAAUCUGAAGAUGGAACUAAUAAUAAUUAUGCUGGAACUUUAUAAUAAAUAUCAAUGACUUAAUUUUCACAAGUUGAUAUGAAAACUUAAACAUAAUCAAAUUAAGUGCACAAUCAAAAUAAUUAAGGUUCUAACAACACUUAAAUACCAUUAAUUAAUUCUUUUUAAUAAGCUUCAUAAAAUUAAUUGCUUUUAAUAGCUGAACAUCCAAGCAAAGAGAGUUUAUAGUAAGAGAAGAAUGAAGAUGAAGUUUAAGUACCAUAAUAGUAAACCCAACAAUAGAUAUAAAGACCUUAAUUAAAAAAGAAAGGAACUAUAAUUAUGGUAGAUUUAGUACAAUAAAGAAAAAGUGGUUUAAUGAAAUCUAAUACAAGAAUAAUAAUUCCUGAAGAGAAGGAUAAAGAUAGAGUAAUAAAAAUAGCAUAGAUUGAUAAUGAUUUAUAAACAGAAUAAAUAGGAAGAAGAUAAAUAGUUAAAUAAAAAUCAAUUAAACCUAUUUAAUAUGAAUCUUCUGAUUCUGCAAUUAAGAAGUGUAAUGAUAACUAAUAUGAUAAAUUUGAAGAGUUAGAAGUAAAUAAAAGAUAAGGUAUUUCAAUGCUUUAGAAGAAAUUAGAUCUUUUGAAAUUAAAAAAUAUCAAAAAAUUCAAAUUAGAUUUUGAUAAGGAUUAUGAUUUAGAUUAAUUUAAAAGCUUUUAUGAUAGUAAGGAUUAAAUAGCAUACUAUUAAAUUUAUGAAGAAUACAAAGAUCAAGAAUUGAUAAAUUUUAGAUCAACAUAUUCAUUUUUGCUAAUAUUAAUGAUUUUUAAAAGUUUAUUAUAUUUUUUAUUAGACGAUUUAAGUUCAAAAACACAAAUAGAAUUAUUAAUUUCAGUAUUAUGUUAAAUAACAAUAAGUUUAGGUUUGGCUAUUCCAAUCUAUAAGUAUAAGGAAUAAACUGACUUUUAAAAAAUAAAGACUUUUGGAUUCAUUUAUUUCAUUACAACAAAUCUUUUAAAUCUUAUUUUGAUUGAAUUUAGUGAAGUAGCAUAGUUUUAAAUAAUAUUAUAAACUUGUCAGAUAACAUCAAUUUAUGUUAAUUUAUUCUAUUUAUAAAUAUUGAUAGUACCUGACAAAUAUAAAUUAUUGAUAACUUAUAUUGUUUUAAUAGUAUUAGUAACUAUUUAUGAAUAAUUUAUAUUGGAAAUUCUAUUUUUUGGAUUAUGUAUAAUUGGAAUCACUUUCUAUUCUUAACAUUAAAUUAAUUAAAUUUUAGUGAAAAAUUAUAAAGUAAGUUAAUAAUUACAAAUAUAAAUUGCAAAGUAUGAAAAUAUGUUAUAAUAUUUAAUGCCACCUCAUGCAUUAAAACGGUUAUUGUAACCAGAUUCAGAUAACACAGAAACUUUUAUUGAUGUAUUAGAAAAUGCUACUGUGUUAUUUGCAGAUAUUGCAGGAUUUACAAAAUAUUCUAGUUCUGUGGAACCAGAAACAGUUGUAGAAAUGCUUAGAAAUUUAUUCUAAACUUUUGAUGAAUUUUGUUAAAUGACUUAAGUGUAUAAAUUAUUCACAAUAGGAGAUUGUUAUGUUUGUAUGGGUGUAAUGGAUUUGAAUUAAAGAGAUCCUGCUGAAGAAGUAUAUUAUUUAAUUUAAUUUUUCAUAGGCUUAAAAUGUAUUAGUAUUUGGAUUGAAAAUGAUUUAAAUUAUUAAUGAUUGUAAUAAAGAUCCAUAAUAUUAACAUCUAAAUAUGAGAAUUGGAGUACAUACAGGUAAGGUUUUAGGAGGAGUUGUUGGUACAGAUGUUGUAAGAUAUGAUAUCUAUGGUGAAGAUGUAACUAUUGCUAAUCUUAUGGAAUCAUCAGGAUCUGUAUUUAUAUAAUUAAUAUUUUAGGAAGGAAAAAUGUUAGUAAGUGAACAUACGAAGAAUUUAAUUGAAAGUGUUUAUGAAGAUUUUAAAUUUGAAUAUGCUAAGGAUGUUUAUAUACCUUCUAAAGAUAUUACAUUACCUACUUUCUUUGUAUAAUUAAAUGAUUUAGUGUUUAGUUAGGAUGAAUGA